CGACUGCCUCGCUCUCGCGAGACGACGCCGUGGCCGCCCUUGAUCUCCUCGCCCAGGCCGCGACGCGGUUCCGCCUGCCUGCGCCACUGCCUACGGCGCUGUGGGAGCUGGCAUCCGGCAUGCUGAGUGCUGGCGUCUCGGCGGUGGUCCCUGCCGCAGCUGCGCUUGCUGCUGCGACUCUGGCAAACCAGACUGCCCGGUCACACAUCCUCGCCCCACGUGUCCUUGCCUUUGUCUCUGACUCGGCCGGCGUCGACCCAAAGGGCAGCCCGCGCGGCUCGUCGGAAGCCCGGACUUCCGCCCUUGAUCUUCUCGUGGCGCUCACCGCAGACGGUCGCCAUCUCUGCGGCCUCGACUACACACUUCCGCCGCUGUUGUUGAGCUGGCUCGAACUCGCUCGCGACUCGCUCGGCGAGAGUACCGCCGACGAGGCGUGGGUCGUCCGCCUCAUCGCCUUUGUCGCCCGGCUAGUCAAGUACAACAACAUUGUGUUUCGCGCCGAGGCCGAAGUCUCGCCGCUGGUCAAGUCUGUCUGCGCCAUCGCCAACGUCACCGACUCUGCCGAGGUGGUUGGUGGGUGCCUUGAUGCGCUUGAUGUGCUUGUGCGCUACGGGACUGUGCCCAUGACCUGCAUGCCUGACUACACCGCAGCGCUCUGCCGCAUCGUCAACAUCAACGUCUUUGCCACUCACUCAUGGGAAGUUAUGCAGAGCAUGCUCAAGUCGUAUCUUGGCCAGACUGCCAUGUAUGCCCUGCAGUCGCUUGUUGGCGACGUCGAGCCAGGCUUCCCCGACGCCGACAUCGGGCUCAUCCGUGGCGCGCUAUUCUUCAUCUCUAUGGCAUCAUGGGGCAAGCAGCGGGUCCUCACCGCCCACGUCUCGUACGUUGUCAUCCUUCCUGCUAUUGCCCACGCCAUGUCUGUCCUAUGCGAGCCGAACCACAACAUUAUCGCAUAUGAGAUCGCACUCUCGAUGCACCGGCUCAUCAAAAAGUACGGUCAUCAGCUGCGGAUUGAGUGGCCGUUCAUCCUCGACAUCCUUGGCGGUCUCGAUCCGUUCCUGGAUUACACCGGAAAGACCUCGCUCCGCGAUACCGUCGUCCAGUGCCUCCACAUGCUCCAUCGCCUGCUCGAAGCGAGCAAGUUUCACGGUGAGACUAACAAGCUCAUCACUGUUCUCGAGAGCUACGCCGCGCUUCAGCCGGCCGUCGAUGUCCUUGCUGUCAUGCGGCUGCGGAUGGCCUCGCACCACUUUCAGCCGGGCAGCCCGACGUGGCUAGACGACCUUGGGGCGUUCACUUCGCUCUUUGUCCACGACCUCCGUGUUGCUGUUCGCUCCAAGCUUCUAGACAUACUUAUUGAGGUUUACUCGGCCACCUUCACUGCGCAUGAUCUUGUCGAGCUCCUCAACACGGUCAUCGUGCCUGCGCUUGGUGUCCUCCUCGUCGAUGCCGACACAGGAAUCGGAACUGCGGCACUCAACUUUGCUGUGACUCAGGCUGCGUCGCCAACCAUUCCGCUGGCGUGCACCCAGGCGCUCAUCUCGCUGAUGGCGAGCGUGGCCGCGGCUGGCGUAGUUCCCGAGGCUGUUUCGGGCCUGGUUACUGUCCUUGGUGACCAUGUGACCAAUGGCGAGACAAAGUCGGGACUCAUGGUCGUGGACGUCAUGCUCGGCAUGCUCUCACCCAGUCAUGCAGCACCAGCGCUGGCGCCACUUCGGCUCGAAAUCCUCACCUGCCUCCUCUCGCUGUCGUCGAACGCCGCCUACGAGCUGAUGUGGCUCAACACUCGGUGCCCGCAGUUCACCGUCUCCGCCACCCGUUCACGCGACACCGGCGCCGUCCUCUUCCCUAUGUCCGCGGUGUACGAUGUACUUCUUGAUCUAGUGGCGAGCGAGACCGACCAGGCUUUGUUUUCUACUGCGCUCUCGGGUCUAAUCAACUGGCUCGAGAACAAGUUUGUCUGCGUCUCUGUCGACGUCGCCAAGCUCGCCGUCUUUCUCUCCGACGCGCUUGUCCGCGGGAGUCUCGUCUCAUCUGUUGUGCUCCACGGCCCACCGUCGGCCGUUGCCAGCCGAACCAAGAGUCUGUUGCGAACCGCGUUGCAGGCCCUCAUCCUUCUCAUGGGAUACAAGGACCGUCUUGCCGAGCCUGUGGCAUCGGGCCUUGUCGCCACAGUAGUUCACCUGCUCACUGGCGAGCCGGCGACGCGGAACCCGGCGCUUCGGGCAUUCACAAUUGCUGCUGCUGAGUUUCCGGUCGAGGUCGCUGUUCAUCUCCGGCGCGUUAUCUAUCUCCUCUUCCGCUCGCACUCGAACGAUGCUUCGGCGUUCUCCGAGACACUGGUACUUGACCUGUUUUGGUCGCUCACCCACUACCGGCUGCUCAUCAAGGCAAUGCGGCACAAGGACGUGGUCCGAGUCCUCACCAUUCUCGCUCACAUUGGUGACACCUCGCCGCUCAAGUACUGCAUGGCCUUUGCACACCGGACCAUUGCCGCCUGGUUCCAUGUUCUCAACGUCACUGACCGCGUUCGCUACCUCCCGUUCUUUAUGCACAAGUUUGGGCGGGCGAUUGCGGCUGCAGCGGGCGAUGGGCCGGCGAGCAUGUUCCGCCGCUCGCCACAGAGCGCAAGGGCAGCUGGUUCCGCGCUGGUGCCGAUUCCGCGCUCGCCGCCACCACGGUCGUACGACUCGGACUCUCCGGACUCGUCGAUCCCGCCGCGGCUGGUCCACCCGCGGCGGCUCUCUGGCUCGCGUUCGGCAACCUCGCCACCUGUUUUGUCGCCGGCAUCAUCGGCAGUUGCGGCUGCUGCCGCCGCCAACAUCGCGACAGCAUCCCGCCGAAAGUCGCGCAAGUCGGGCUCUGGGCGCUCCGGAAGCAGAAACUCGCGCGGCGCAUCGGAUACCGGCGGCUCGUCGGGCGAUGGCACCAAGUCGUCGGGGCGCGCGUCUCCGGCGCCGACCCGAAUGAGCAGCUCGAUCCGAGCGUCGCCCACGCCGGAUUUGGGCGACCUGGCGCUGGUGGACGCAGCCAUGGAGAGUCGUGCUGCCCUGCUUGUGAUGGACAUGCUGCUGCGGGCAACACACGGCUCUCUGGAGCCGUUUCCGGGCUCGUCCGUGGCACUCUCGCGGAAUCGGUCGAGUGGUCCACCGUCGGCCUUCCGCGCAUGGCUGGGUGACGACACGACGACCACUUCGUGGUUGCACGGGACAGCGAUCUUGACUGUCACCGUUGGUGCCACCAGAUGGUCCCACAUCAUGCUCCGCCGGCCAACCGGGACUUUUGCCUGGCUUCUCAAGCUUGAGUCUGAAGUUCUUGACACGCUCGGGAUGGACGCGCCGCCGCCGCCGCCGCGGUCGACGUCGAGCGGUGGUCUUUUGGGUGGUGAGCUCCCCGGCUCGUCGAGCUCGCUUGUCCCGUCGCUCUCUGCGCCAGACAUGGGAGUUCUCGCUGAGAGCAGCAUCCGGGCGAGUCGGGUCAUGCCAGGCUCGGUUACACCUCCGAUGGCGGCGUCGCCGAGCGACGGGUCGUUUGUGACCAAGGCCAUUGUGUUGCAGCUGAUGGACGAGCUCCGCGCUGACGUGCCCGACUACAAAGAUGGUGUAGGUGCACACGCCAACGGGCGGGAAGUCGAGACGCGGUCGAGGGAGCUGGCGUACGAGCACGACUAUCCGACCAUGCCUGGCGCCGAACAGAUGGGCAAGAGCGAGAUCAGCAGUCUUCCCGUGGUUGGCCGGGUGAAGCAGCGGCCGCCGCCGCCGCGGCGCAACAAGCCAGCGUCGCAGUCCGAAGAAUCGAUUUACUCGCGGAUGAUGCCACUGCCAGCGUACGGUGGCGACGAUGACAAGGGCGAGGCUGGCGAGCUCAAGCCGUCGCCAGCGUUCAUGGGCGAGAGUCACAGCUUGGGCGUGGGGUCGGUGACGACAGCGCGCUCGCCGGUCGCUAUCUCGUCGUCGGUCUCGUCGAACCAGUCGUGGCAUGGCGGCGGCUCGGCGUCGUCGCUCCUCUCGUUAGACGAGCAGAUGAAGUUACACGCGUCACGGGCCGGUGGCGCCAGCGCCAUUCGGAAAACGCCGGUGCAGUCGCCGUCGUCAACUAGCACACCGCAUCCGCCGUCGAUGAAGAGCGCUGUUGGUGCUGAACCGAGAGUCGCCGACGCCGACCACGAUAUCGACGACGAAGAUGACGACGACGAAGAUGACGACGAUGACGAUGAUGCCGUCAUAGACAAGAUCAUGAUGCAAGCCGGAGCAGGCGGAGUUGCAGCGUUUAUGGCUGCGGAUGACACGUCGCUGGCAGACGUGGUGACCGAAGAUGGCAUGUCGCUGUUGAGCCGGUCGUAUUCUCUCCCGGACAUUGUGCAGUCGGGGACCGGAGUGAUGGGACCGUGGGAGGAUUUGCGGCACCCUGAGCUUGGACUGGGGUCAUCGUCGGGAUGGGGGACGCCUGAGCACGGUUCGGCGCCACACUCGCCCCGUGCGGGCUCGUCGCGGUCGCGGUCGAACUCGCGGGCGACGCCCGGGCGGCAUGCAUCGAGCGGGCUCGAGGGGGAGGCUGUAUGGCCCGAGGCUGAGCUUGGCGGUGGCGGCUCAUUUCCGCACUUUCUGUUCAGCCAGCUCCGCGAGGGCCUGCCAGGCAUGGAUGCGCCGUCGAUGAUCCGGCUCCCAGACUCUGAGGCCAUGCAGCGUGCGCUGGGCUUGCUCGACCUUGUGCCAACGGUCAACACGCACAAGAUCGGCCUGCUGUACGUGGCGCCUGGGCAGUUCCGCGAGGCGGACAUUCUGGGCAACACCACGGGAUCAACACGGUACAUGCGGUUCCUGCAGUCGCUGGGCUCUUUCAUGUCGCUCCGCGGCGCGAUAGCCUACACCGGCGGGUUGGAUCGGUCCGACGAGUCCAUUGAUGGCGAGACCGCGCUGUACUGGAAGGACGAGCUCUCUUUUGUGGUCUUCCACACCACAACGCUCAUGCCCAACAUGGGCGGCGCGUACUCACAGUUUCAGAACAAGAAACGGCACAUCGGCAACGACUACGUCACCAUUGUCUUCAACGAGUCGGAGCACCCGUUCACGGCGUCGACCAUUCCUGGGCAGUUCAACUUUGUGCACAUUGUCAUCUCGCCGCUUGAGUCUGAGUACCUUGUCUUGGUUAAGGUCAAGCCUGGGAUGGAGCACCUGGCGCGCGACACAGGAACGCAUCUCAUCCUCACCGAGCCUGUGUUGGCUAUGCUUGUGCGGCAGAUUGCUAUCCGCGCCGACCUCUUUGCGCAGAUCUUCCACCACGGCACGCGGUUUGUCUCCAACUGGGAAGAGCGGCUGAAGCAGAUCUGUCUCUUGUGCGAGCGCGCUGCCUCGGCGUCGCCACCGUCAUCUGCCCGGGGUCCAACCUCGCCGUACUCGUCGACCGAUUGGGCCUCGCGAGGAUGACUUGUCGCUUCCCGCACGCGUGAUCCACGGGCGGGUACGUCGGCAUCGAUAUCUUCAUCAUGACCAACAACGAGAGUAGCGUCAGCGGAUGGAUGCUAUGCAGGCUAGAUGCUGUCGAGUGGUAUCCGAGACUUUAUGAAGAACCAUCAGCCGCAGCCACUCGCCAUAGUCGCGAGG